CUGCACUAUGGGACCCUCAUGGACAGCAGAGCCUGUGUCAAAAUGGCAGCAGCUGCCUGGGGCACUGGUUUUCUCAAUGCUGUGCUGCACACUGCUAACACAUUUUCAAUACCACUCUGCCAAGGCAACACAGUGGACCAGUUCUUCUGUGAGGUUCCCCAGAUCCUCAAGCUCUCCUGCUCAGACUCCUACCUCAGGGAAGUGGGGCUUAAUGUGGUUAGUGGCUGUUUAGGCUUUGGGUGUUUCGUUUUCAUUGUGGUGUCCUACGUGCAGAUCUUCACUGCUGUGCUGAGGAUGCCCUCUGAGCAGGGCCGGCACAAAGCCUUUUCCAUGUGCCUCCCGCACCUGGCCGUGGUCUCCCUGUUUGUCAGCACUGGCACAUUUGCCUACCUGAAGCCUCCCUCCCUCUCCUCGCCAGCUCUGGAUCUAGUGGUGGCUGUUCUGUACACGGUGGUGCCUCCACCUGAACCUCUCUUGUUUCGGCUAAUGCCCAUUGACCUUCACCCUCACAUCAUGCACAACGGUGAAGAGGCUGGUUCCAUCUCCUUGGUGACAUCCUGGCCCAAGAGGCAACUCACACCACUAGGAGAGCCUGGCUCUGGGGAGGCCAUGUCAGGUGCUAACCUCUGUGCAGGAAAAGAAUUCCUGACUGCAAGAAUUGUAGUAGCUAUUGCCAGAGAUAACAAUAUCACCAAAUCAUUCAGCACUGGCAUGUUUACCUACAUGAAGCCCCCCUCCCUCUGUGCCCCAUCUCUGGAUCUGGUGGUGGCUGUUCUGUACUCGGUGGUGCCUCCAGCAGUGAACCCCCUCAUCUACAGCAUGAGGAACAAGGAGCUCAAGGAGGCCCUCAGCAAACUGCUUCAAGUGGUACUAGUUCAGCAGCAAUAA